AUGAGCGCCAACGCCGCCGCGGACCUCCGGGAGGCGCUGCUGCAGGCCGCGGAGAGCCGCGCCCUGGCGCUCGGUGGCUUCUACACGGACGUGCCGCUUGGCGAGGAGGCACUGCGCGGCGCGGAGCGCGAGGUGCGCCUGGCGCGAGCGUGGGAGCAGCGGCGCGUGCAGAGUGCCCUGCGGCGGGCGGAGCUCAACGCGCAGCGGCAGCGGCUGCUGGAGGCGGGGCGGGGCGGGGCGUCGUUGUCGUCGGCGGUGGAGGCGGUGGGGGCCCUCGCGCGCGAGCUGCGGGCGCAGGCGAUGGCGGCGCUGCAGCUGCACGCGGAGGCGGUCACCACGCAGGCGCUGCAGACGCGUUCGUCGUCCCUCCGCGUGCCCGACGGCGUGUCGAGGGCGCUGGAAGUGUCGGCCGCCUCCGCAGCGGCGUCGGUGCCCCGCGUCGUCCUUGACGUUGACGUGGGCGGCGGCCGCGUGGACAGUUUGGUGCUGCGCGACGGGGACGACGUGGACGAAGUGGCGGCGGCGUUUCUGCGUCGCCACGGACUGCCGCAGCACGGCGUUGACCUCCUCGCGGCGCAGGCGCUAGCAGCGCUGGGAGACGAGCGGCGUUGA